CACUCUUGCCUUGCCCACCCUCCUUCAUCCUCCCUGGCUGAGCGCUCCAGGCCCCGGCGGCGGGCGGAGGAGGAGCAGGGACCGUGCCUCCGGCUCCUGCGCUGUGAACACAAAGAUCCCUGGGCGUGCGGGGUGCAGACACAAUGCACCAGCCGCCCGAGGCCACGGCCGCCGCCGCCGCCGCCGCAGACCUCGGGGCUCGGAAGAUGGCGCACCCGGCCGCGGCGGUCCCUCGGAGGGGCAGCAGCAGCAGUAGCGGCGGCGGUGGCGGCAGCGGGGCCGCGCUCAGCGCCGCGGGCCCCGGCGUGGGCAGCCACGCCGCCUCGGCCGAGGACUACGCGCCUCCCGCGCCGCUGCCCGGGGCGGCGGCUGGGGGACCGGCGCCGCCGCCGCCCCCGCAGAGCCUCCACCUCCUCUCGCAGGCCCCGCAGCUCCCCGCGGCGCCCGGCGGGGCGCAGAUGAAGAAGAAGAGCGGCUUCCAGAUCACGAGCGUCACGCCGGCCCAGAUCUCGGCCAGCAUCAGCUCCAACAACAGCAUAGCCGAGGACACGGAGAGCUACGAUGACUUGGACGAGUCGCACACGGAGGACCUCUCUUCCUCCGAGAUCCUGGACGUUUCCCUUUCCAGGGCCACCGACUUGGGGGAACCGGAACGCAGCUCCUCCGAGGAGACUUUGAACAACUUCCAGGAAGCUGAGACACCUGGGGCGGUCUCUCCCAACCAGCCCCACCUUCCUCAGCAUCAUUUACCUCACCAUCCACCCCAGAAUGUCGUGAUCAAUGGCAGUGUUCAUCCACACCAUCUCCAUCACCACCACCACCACCACGGGCACCACCUUCACCAUGGGCACCACCAUCCAUCCCAUGCUGGUGUCAGCACAGCUGUUCCUGGAGGGCCACCCCCAAGUCCGGUAGCUAGAAAACUCUCCACAGCUGGAAGCUCAGACAGCGUUUUACCAGCUGCACCAGCUUCUGCUGUAUCAUCCACUGGCACACCUGCAUCUCUAAUGACUAAUGUCCGCAAUACAAGUACUCCUGGCAGUAUAGGUAUAAGUUCUGUUGCUGGCACUAGUACAAUAAAUAAUGUUACUGCAAUGGGUAGUGUUAAUCCUAACAUGACAAACAGCAUGCCUGGUAACGUUAACGUACCUUCAAGUAACAUUACGAGUACUGCUAGUGUAAAUGCUGUGCCUGGAGCUAGCGGCACUGUUAAUGUGAAUAUCCUCAGUGGCAUGGGCAACGGUACGAGUUCUUCGGUUAACAGUGUUCCUACACAAGCUGCAGGAAUGGCUGUGGGAUCUGUUUCAGCUCAGCAGCAACAACCGGCAGCUGGCACUUCCAGGUUUAGAGUUGUGAAGUUAGAUUCUAGUUCUGAACCCUUUAAAAAGGGUAGGUGGACUUGCACAGAAUUCUAUGAAAAAGAAAACCCCGUAGCAGUUACCGAAGGAGUAGCAGUAAACAAAGUGGUGGAGACGGUGAGACAAAACCCAGCUGAAGUGACUUCUGAAAGGGAGAGCACUAGUGGUAGUUCAGUUAGUAGCAAUGUGAGCACGUUGAGUCACUACACGGAGAGUGUGGGAAGUGGAGAGAUGGGGGCCCCUGCUGUGGCCCAGCAGCAGCAGCAGCAAGCCCUCCCAGCUGUGGCUCCUCAGCCCAUGGACUUUGGUAGCAGUUCUGGUGUGCAGAAUGUUUCAGCAGGUAGUCUACCACAGAGUAUUUCUCAGUCACAGAUCGCCCCGGUGCAGUUGCAUUCUCAAGAGCUGAACUAUACUCUGCAAAAGCAGGGAGGUCAGCCUCCUCUUCAGGCCACUGUGAGUGCUGCGACUGGCAUUCAGUCACCCCCAGUUAACCUCGUUGGUGUGCCACCGUCUCUAGGCCAGCAGCCUUCUGUUUCCAGCUUGGCUCAGCCCCAGUUGUCCUAUUCUCAGACGGCCCCUCUGGUGCAGACCCCUUUGCCAGUUGUAGCACCGCAGCAGUUACAGUAUGGACAGCAGCAACAAACCGUGGCUACACAGGUGGCCCCAGGCCAUGUUCAGUCAGUAAAUCAAAAUCCUGUCGCUGCAUCUAUACCAGAGUAUGUUCAGCAUCAACAAGUUCUCCAAACACCAGUGCCCCCUAUCCCACCAAAUUCUGCAGGAGUGGGAGCAGCCCCUGUGAUGCCUGUUGCUCAGCCACAAAGCAUUCAGCCUUCAGUGCAGUCCACCGCAGUCCAGGCACAACCUGCAGGGGCGCCAAGCCAGCCUGUUGGACAUGGCCAACCAGCAAUGCCUCCUGUAGCUGCUAGUGGUCAAGUUGUGAAUGUUGGUCAGCAAGUGAACAUCCCGGCUGUGGUGCAGCAGCCAGCCACUGUAACCCAGGUGACGCCUCCACCUUCACAGGUGGUUCCACCUUCUCAACCUGGGAUCAUUCAGGGAAUUCAAGCCAGUGCUUCAAACCUUCCUCCACAGUUGGUCAUUGCACCUCAAAGUAACUUGGUAACUGUACAAUCCCAGGCCCAAGGAGCAGAAUCUGUAGCUCAAGGAAUAACAAAUCAGCAGUUGCCUCCAGUGAGUCCAUUACCUUCUGUCAGCAAUAUCCCUGCUGCAAAUCAAGUUGGUUCAGCUGUCCCUCCUGCAAUACCAGCUGCUCCCACAAACUUGGGUCCACCUCAGAAUAUAGCACAAACUUCAGCUAUACAAAAUGGGAAUUUGGUUCAGAGUGUUAGUCAGCCUCCCUUGAUAGCAACUAACGUAAAUUUGCCUGUGACACAGCAGAUCCCUCUAAGUUCUACUCAGUUCCCCACACAGUCACUAACUCAGUCCAUCGGAAGCCAGAGUGAAGAAGUCAGGCAUCCUGUGGAGCAUGCAGUAGUAGGCGUACCUCAGACUGUCACUGGGGAAAGCAGCGGGGGCCUGGCCUCGGUCUCUGAUGGGAGUGGAGGUGCCAUUGCCGCUUCAUCUUCCCUCUUCCCGUUGAAGGUGCUGCCAUUGACCACACCCCUCGUUGAUGGCGAGGAGGAGAGUGCUUCUCCCCUACCAGAGGUGCAAGGAAUGAUCCUAGAACCACAGAUACAGCCAAGACCACGGAGAGCUUUUGACGUCAGGGGUCCACUUUCUCCACUGAACCAUUGGAGGCAGAAUAUCCAGCUUCUGGAGAGAGUGGGAAAGAAUAAUAAACAAAUUUCUUUCAACUGGUAAACAUCAUACUACUUCAGCAAAAGGAAUUUCUCUAGCAGAGUCUUCAUGGAUGAUGUCUGUCACAUAUGCCAACACCAGCAGUUUGGAAGGCAGUGGUGAAUGGACCAGUGUAAGAUAUCUAGAAGACACAAGGAUGAGAGAAUCACCUGUUCUUUCCAUUAAAAACUUUAAAAUUUGCUUUCUGGCUUUAUAUGAUGACCUGUUGGUGCUGGAAAUGGAAAGGCUUUUACAUAAUGAACUAAUCAUAUGUUUACGUGACCAUGAAAAUAAUUCUUUUCAUUCAGAAGACUGAGCUGCAGGAAGUUCCAAACACUAUUCUUUUUAAAAGCUGUUCUAGAGAAGUCUGCACCCUUUGCCUUUAGCACUAUAACAGCACAUUUUUCUGCAGUGGUAUAGGGAGUCUAAAAUGGAUGGCCAAAUUGAGAUAUUCUUAAGACAAUUGCUUACUUGUCUCAUGUUUUAAAGGAAUUAGGAAGAUAAAGGAGAGAGUUAAAUUUUCUAGCUAUACCUUAUUUAUAUUUGCUAUAGAGAACUAUUGUGAUCUGAAAUCCUAAAUAUUUCCAAUCUUGGGCCUUACUUACCACCAUCACAUUCAUCAAAUCUAUCUACAAAAAUGCCAGUUUAGUAGAAGAGGCUGCGUUGUGAGUAUAUUCUUAAUCCAACUUGGUCUGUCUUCUAAUGUGGUAUAUAUACCAUGUUUAACUUGAGGUAUUAUGCUGCAAGAAGACAGGCCUGAAGGGGAUAUACACUUCAAUUUCAAAAAAGCCCAAAGGCAACUUUUAAAAAGUAUGUAAUGGAGAUUUGUUAAAAUUAGUAAGUGCUUAUUUGGAUGUUGAGAUAUGACUCUGACAUAUUUGAUUAAAGUGCACUUAAGUAGACAUACAUGCAGUUUUGCACAUUUUAAACAUCGAAAAUGUCAUUCCAGAGUUAUUAAAAUUAAUAUGGAAGAUUUUGCUGCUGGUUCCCACCCCUUCUCCCUUGCCCCAAAAUCCCUUAAAUUUUUAUAAUAAAGAAAUUAUUAUACAUGUAAUUCCUUAAUAGAGGAAUAUGUGUAAAAGACAAUUAGCUUUGAACAAAAAUAUUGCUGAAGGGGUUUGAAUUCCCAUAAAGUGUACUAUUUCAAUUCACAAUUUUUUUCCUAAAUACAUACUAAAAUGAUUCAAUAGUACUCAAGAAUUUUAUAAAAAUAAAAAUUUAAAUGUUGGAACUAAUACAUAUUUCUUUAAAAUCAAAUUAAACUCAAUAAACCAUGAUUGAUAAAAGCGAAAACCAACUCAGUUUGAGACUUACUAGAUUUUUAUUGUUGGUUAUUGCAGUUUUGGAGAUGAUAAGUAAUUUAGUCUCCUAAUUUUUUGCAUUAAAUCCCAGUAAUUCCUUAAGGUUUAUUUUUUUUUAAGUGCCUAACUCUAUAGCUAGUGCUUAUAAAAGAUGUUUUUAAAAAUUUAACUUGUAUUCUUAUGUGAAUUUAUUUAAAUUCUAUUUUGUUUACCUAAACAUAACAUUUUAAAUAUCUGGUGUCAGUAAGACAAUAGAUUGUAUAUAGUACUAUAUUUUUCA